AUUUUGGCAUUCUACUCUUUUUUAUUUCUGUGGACAAAGGUCAUAAUACAGAAACAGGUCGUAAAUGACCGUCGCAUUUGGUCUACUUUAUACUAGAAACACCUUGCUGAUUUGUGACUUAUUGCGUAUACUAAUUUGCAAUAUUUAGUGCAUGCAUUAAUGGCUUGAUAGGCCAAGAGCCAUUAAUAUUGUGAGGUUGGUAAUAAAAAGCCUUUCCUAUGGAAAAUAUUCUUAAUGCAAUUUUCGUGGUGAUGCAUUUACACCAAGAUUACCAAUCAAGUGGUGCCGUUUCACUUCAACGUUUAUUGGUUUCUUUUUUGUGUUUGGUUGGGCAGUAUCUGACAAAGAAUAAUUUCCAAUCAAAAUAUGCUACAAGAAAAAAAUCAAACACAGUUUGGAUUUAUGGUUGUUUUGUGGUGCCCAUUAUAUUGAGCAAAAGUACUUUAAAUACAAACCCAGAUGUUCUCCAAUUAUCCACUUCAUUGGGACUGCUUACAAUUUUCAUACAUAAUUUAAUUUCAUGCGUUUCCUUUAAGUUAAAAUGUUUAAUUUGUUCACUCAUUAUGUUUGAUCAAAUUGUUAGAUCUGACUCCCUGACUUUGAUUACUUCAUAUACAGAUGUGUAUAUAAUAUAUGCAUAUCUAGUCAUUAUUUUACACCUGGAGGCUGGAACGAGUCUUUCUACUGGUGAAAUUAGUGUUUUAAGUCAAUUAAUUACUUAUAUGUUUAACUUUGAUAUGUAUAACAGAAACAAUACAACACAGGCCACAUUUAAUUACAUCAGUUUUUCCUCUUGCAUUUCAAGUGUAAUGAUAACAUUACUCCUACCCUUCAUUGGCUUAUGUUAUAUUACUGGAUGCAGAUAUAGAAACGUCAUGUUUUAUUCCCAUUUAAUUGGUGUAGUUACAUUUAUCAAUUAUAAUCAUGCCAGAAUUUUUUCUUUAUUUUAUUUUGUACUGAAUUUCUUUAUUUUUGAUCUGUUAAGGUUGCAGUUAUUAGUUUAUUGGCUUUUUAUAUGUUUUCUUUGUGUAAUAUAUACAGUCUUUCAUUCCAAAAGUAACAAUCGAAUAUCCACUGCAGGAAGAAAAUUCUAUCAUGCUUUUAUAUUAUUAGUGUUUAUACCAGGACUGGUGUAUGAUGUUUUGUUGUUAUAUGUCAGUUCAGCUAUUGGAGUAUGUGUAUUCAUUUUACUAUGUGUAAUGGAUGCCUAUAGAUUAGAACCAUUUGGUAAACGAUUACAUUUCAUGUUAAUUCCAUUUAAGGGGCAACAAGAUACAGGAAAGUUUACUCUUACUCCAGUGUUUUUGUUUGUGGGUUUAUCCAUGCCUAUUUGGCUAAGUCUGUCAAGUGGAAAUGACAGAACUAUAGCAUCACUGCAAUGUUAUAGUGGUGUUUUAUCAGUAGGAAUUGGUGAUGCAUUUGCCUCCAUUGCUGGUUCAAAAUGGGGAAAAAAUAAAUUUCCUGGGACAAGUAAAACAGUAGAAGGUUUCUUUGCAUCAGUUUGCUCUCAAGUUUUAUCGCUGUACAUGUUAGUUUACUUUGACUGUGUUGCCUUUAAUAUGUCACAGCUUUAUAUUACUGUUGUUAUUACGUUAACAUCAUUAAUAGAAGUUUAUACUAAGGAAAUUGACAACCUUAUUCUACCGAUUAUAAUGUACUCUUUGUUAAUUUAAUUAUGGUGCUCACAGCUUUGUUGUUAUUUAUCCAUAAUAUUCUACCAAUGAACCAAAUUUCCAAUACAGUUUCAGUAAAUAAAUUUA